AUGGUGUUUUUGUUGAAUGGUGGUCUAUCUGAUGGGAAUUUGAGAAAACAGCCUUUGGAAAACGGCUAUUCCUGGUCUUCCAGUGUUUCGGAGUUCAAGUAUAAGCCCCGGAAGGUUUCCUGCGUUCGUGAUUAUCCUCCGGGGUGUGGCCCAAAUGCCCCACCGAUUCAUUUGAGGCAAAACGAAAAUGUGGUGGCAUUGGUUGCUGAUAAGGAGAAUUUGGUGGGUGAUAAAAGAACUGAAGUUGUAGUGGACGAUUGUACUCCUGAGGUUCGGGUUGAAUUCCAGUCUCAUGAAGUGAUGAAAAGUCGAAUUCCGCCAGAAAUGGAUGAAUCAUUGGGUGGUUUGGUGGGGAAGGUGGAGGAUAUGCCCGGGAUGGUCAGAAAGGAUGAGAAAAAUUCAACAAAUAUGGAGGUUAAGGGAGUUAGGUCGCGGAAAGAUUUAGAAUGUCUUGCACCAGAAUUGGUGAAGGAGUUGCUUGAGGUGGAGGUUCAGGCCCUGAUGAAGAGAGAAGAUGCACUACAAUAUGAAACUGUGUUGGUGGCUAGUGCAAAAAAGUUGUCUCCACAGCAGUGGUCUAUUGGUGAUGACAAAUUUUGGGAGGAGAAUGUUCUGAAGAAAAAUUAUCGGGGAAGAAGGGUUUCGGUUACCGAUGAAAACCCUCCAUUUUGUGGAAGGAAUGCUCCACCCCCAAAUGAGGAAGAGCGCCAGAGGGUUGUGUUGAGAAACAAGAGUUUUGGUGGCACAGAGAGGGUUGUUGCAAAAGGCAGGUCAUUGAGGGAGACAGUGGAGGCUGUGAGGGCUACCAUAGUAGAAUCAAAAAGGAACGUUAGAGAUGGGAAUGCUCAGAAGAAUGAUUCGAGAGGAACUGUGCCUGAGCCAAGAAACAAGUCCCAGGCAGUAAUUAUAAAGGAUUCCGAGGAUGUAAGAGAUUCGUUGGGGAAGGAGAUAAUGGUUCACUCACAUGACAAAAGUCCUAAGCAAAGGCUUUUGGGUGAUCAUGUUGGUUUGGGAUGUGGAGUGGCCAGGAUGAUGGGGCAAGGUCUCACGGCUUCACCAUAUUGUCUGUGGAAGCAGAGGAAAAGGGCUUCAAAAACUAUCCCAUAUGGUGGUAUGAGCGGAAGCAAAUUAAAGAAGCAGGAUUUCAGCAGGAGAGGGAAGUCUAUAAUUGUUGUUAGGAAAAAUAAUUAUGAAGCAGAUUAUUCAAGAGGUAAUUCUUCGAAAGGGAAAUCAAUGUCUGCUGGGAAGGCAGCUUAUGGAGGCAUAGGUGCACUACCUGUCUGGGAUGAAAAAGAUACUGCUGUUUAUGAUGAUGAGCAGCAUUACAAUUCUCAGCAAUUUCAACGGCUGCACGAUUUUGAUGUACGUCGGGCCCCCUGUUAUGGUCCAAAUAGUUCAAAUCAUGGUGAUGCCCGAAACAAAGUGAUGGAAACGCUACGUUUGUUUCAAAUUACUUGUAGGAGGGUAUUACGAAAGGAAGAAGCAAAGUUGGGGCAGACCAGAAGGAUUGAUCUUGAAGCGAUAAAUGAGAUUAAGAAAAAAGGAAAAGAAUUUGACACAGGUAAAAAAAUACUGGGACCAGUUCUAGGAGUUGAGGUGGGCGACGAGUUCCAGUACAGGGUGGAGCUUGCUCUUAUCGGCGUGCAUCGCCCAUACCAGGGUGGUAUAGAUUACAUGCCAUAUGGCGGAGAGAUCAUUGCAACUAGUAUUGUUGCUUCAGGGUGUUAUGAUGAUGAUCUGGACAAUGCUGAUGUCUUGAUAUACUCUGGACAAGGAGGAAAACCAAAAGGUCGCCAUAAGCAGCCUGAAGACCAGAAACUUGUAAGAGGAAACUUGGCUUUGAAGAACAGUAUAUCGGUGAAGAAUCCUGUGCGACUGAUCCGUGGAUAUAGAGGGAUGGUUAUGACCUACUCUUAUGAUGGCCUGUACAAUGUAAAGAGGUACUGGCAGGAACCUGGACCACAUGGUAAGCUGGUUUAUAAGUUUGAGUUGACAAGAAUUCCAGGCCAACCGGAGCUUGCCUGGAAGGAAGUGAAAAAUUUAACAAAAUAUAAAAUACGGAAGGAUCUUUGUGUUGAUGAUAUAUCAGGAUGGAAAGAGCUAUUCCCUAUUUGUGCUGUGAACUCAAUAGACAAUGAGAAACCCCCACCGUUCACAUACAUGACCAGGAUGAUGUAUCCUGAUUGGUACCGCCCUAAUCCUCCCAAGGGUUGUGACUGUACCGAUAGAUGCUUGGAUCCUGAAAAAUGCUUGUGUGCAGUCAAGAAUGGGGGAGAGAUCCCAUACAACCAUGAUGGAGCUAUUGUGGAAGUGAAGCCUCUUGUCUACGAGUGUGGUCCUUCUUGCAAGUGCCCCCCUUCUUGCUGUAACAGAGUCAGCCAGCAUGGUAUCAAAAUUCAGCUUGAAAUUUUCAAAACCGAGUCAAGGGGCUGGGGUGUUAGAUCCCUAAUUUCUAUUCCUUCUGGAAGUUUUAUAUGUGAAUAUACUGGUGAGCUUCUUGAAGACAAGGAAGCUGACCAAAGAAUCGGUUAUGAUGAGUAUUUGUUUGAUAUUGGGCAUAACAAAAAUGACUGCUCUCUCAGUGAUGGAACUCAAACUCUCAAGCCCGAUGCACAAUCAAGUUUUAGCGAGGUUGAGGAGGAUGUUGGCUACACCAUCGAUGCAGCGCAGUAUGGAAAUGUGGGGAGGUUCAUCAACCACAGUUGCUCUCCUAAUCUUUAUGUUCAGGAUGUCCUUUAUGAUCACGGUGACAAGAGAAUGCCCCAUAUAAUGCUAUUUGCUGCGUAUAAUAUUCCUCCAUUACAGGAGCUGAGUUACGAUUAUAAUAUUGCGGUAUAUCAGAUUCGUGAUUCCAAUGGAAACAUCAAGAAGAAGAGAUGCUGUUGUGGUUCAACUGUAUGUACUGGAAGCAUGUAUUGACGCAUUUGUAAUUUAUGAAGUUUAGUAUUGCAAUGA